GGCUGUGAGAGGAGUCCACUACACUGUCCGCCUAUUUUACAGAGGAGUUAGAAUAAUCUGUGUUUUCUGGCAAAGAGACCUCUCGACUUCAUCAGAGACUUUACUUUUAUACAGUCACAGAUGCCGUGGCGCGUAAAUAAGAGGUUUGCUUCUGUGGUUUUAAAUAAAUAGAUAGACUCGCUUGCAGUUGUCUAGCUAGUGCUUUCCAGUGAGCUUAUGAGGUGUCGGCUUCAGAGCACUAGCCUAGUCCAGCCAGCCUAGUUUUCGCUCUUACUAGCUGGCACAAUUUAGCAUUAAAGAAAGUAUUAAUUAGCUGCGUUGUAAACAGAAACACCGACGAGGAAAGUGGUUGUCGGUGCUGUGGCAGCAGACAUGCUCUUUUAGGAGUGAGGAACGUAAAGGCGUUUCCUAAUGCCUUUUGGCUGUAGCUAUUUGGCUGUUUUAGUGGCUUGAAGUUGGCAGUUGAAUAGCCUAGUCUAGUUCUACUCGUAGACAGUUUCCUUGUCAUAUUUCAAAUCGGCCAUUUGUGUUGUCAUUUUAAACACCGACCACAUUUUGGGAAUAACCAAGUAUGGGAAUGUGCCUUCCCUGUCUGGGUGGAGCUGGCGAGGACGCGGUGGAGACGCCAGAUCCAGAAACUAGGAGACGACAGCUAGCGGAAGCGGCUGAAAAGAGGCAGAAGGAGAGCUCCGGCAGGGGAAUCAAAAACCCGGAAGCAGUCGAAAGGAAAAAAAGGCAACAAGAAGAAAUGGAGAAGCAGGCCAUGAUGAGCUCCUCCACGUCGGGGGGAGGAGGGCUACGGUGGCAAGUGGGCUGACCAAAAGAGGAGAGACCUCUGGUGGUUGAAGAAAGACAUUAGAAGAUCAUCAGCCGAUAUGAAGUGAUCCAGGUGUUGAAGUCAACUAGGGAGUGAUUUUCUUUCCUUCUUUUGUUUGUUUUUGUUUUCGUGUGUUUUCUGUUCUGUUGUCCGUGUAGGGUUUUAGUCUUCAUAUGCAAGCUUAUCAGUCAGUUGGUUUGUGUAGACAACAUGUUGAACUUGCCAAGCUGGAUUACAAGCGUGAUUACUUGCCAUUUGCCUCUUGAUUGGACGGAGUGCCUCCAUGGACACGCCCUGUGUCUUUGAUUGCCAAGUGCACCGGCCAAUGGGAUGUCAGAGCAACUGAAGGUAACUGUUCGCAGGCUGAAAAAACAAUUGUGCUCUGCUUGCUGCUCAGUGAAGAAAUAUUGGCUGAGCAUAACUACUGUCUGUCAAUAUCACAGUUCACUGCUGUGUAAUUGAAAUUCAGCCGGCUUUGUUACUCUAAUUUACACACUCAUUCACAUGCACACAUGAACAAAUGCACAUUCAUACAUGCAUACACACAAUCCACUUUCAAAUGUACUGUGCAAUGGUGCUUUUUGUCACAACACAUUGGUUUGAAUGCUUUUGA